AGGUGAACCAAGGAGGAUCGUGCUAAUUGGAAAGACUGGCGUUGGAAAAAGUUCAACAGCCAAUACUAUUCUGGGCAAACGAAAAAAGGGAGAGGGAUGGUUUGACGAAUCGCCCAGUCUAGGCUCGGUUACUAGAACAACCACCGUUUUGGGGUGCACAAAUGGUUCAACUCGCUAUAAAAUCAUCGAUACUCCCGGAUUUAAAGACACAGGCAGAUCAGAAGACGACGUUCUUCGAGAAGUUGCACUAUCAAUACAAUAUUCAUCUCCGGGUCCCCAUGUUAUCGUAAUUGUGGCUGAAUUUAAACGAUUUACACAAGAGGAUACUGAUGUCAUUGCUAACAUUAGAAAACUAUUUGGCGUCAAAGUUAUGGAAAAAUAUGGGGUUCUCUUGUUUACUCAUGGCGACGAUAUUAAAGAUGAAAUACGCCGCUUGAAAUAUGAUGAUUUUGAUGAUCAUGAUGAUGCUGAAGUGGAUGAGGAUACCUUUAUUAAAGCGGCUGAAAAAAAAUUCCAUGCAGAAAGCGAAAAUAUACCAGAGCUUCGGGAACUAGGCAAAGAAUGUUCUAAUAGAAUUUUCUUUAUCGAUAACAGGUCUAAAGGUCGAUACAAGGAGGCUUCGCGCUUUUAUAAAGCAAUUUAUGAGUGGGGUCUUGGUCGGGAUUACUGUACAGAUAGUCAUCAACUUGCCAAAAUGAUAGAAGAAGAUAGAAAGAAAAGAGAUGAUGAACUUGAUAGCGCACUGAAAGAAAAAUUGAAAAAUAUGAAACAACAAUUUGAAUCAGAUGUUAGCGAACGGAAAAUAAAAAAGGAUGAAGAAGUUGAGACGAUCAAUGAGAAGUUUCGUAAUACAGUCUUGCAAAGUACAUUUCAAAGUGAUUUAAACUCACGUAAGGAAAUGCUGAAUGAUGAACGGCAUGCUAAAUUAGACGUCGCUGUGAACUCAUAUGAAAAUGAUAUCGACAAAAUGAGAAGGAACUUUGAUAUUGAAGUUAAAAAAUGCAAACGUGAAUAUGAAAAGGAAAAAUCUAAACCAGUUGAACCGUCCUCUCGUGUAUUAAAGACAAUUGCGAUGGCACUUGGUAUUGGCACUGCAGUAGCCGGUACCGUUGCUGGUGGAUUCGCUGCAAUACCGGUCGGUGCCGCCGUUUCUGGCGCAGUCGCUGGUGUAGCUACGAUACAAGCUGCCGCAAGCGCUCUUGGAGUUGCUGCCGGUGGAGCUACAGCCGCAACAGCAGGUAUCGGCUCACUUGCUUUAGGAAACAAGAUAAGGAAAUCUUGUAAUAUCAUGUAG